AUGGGCGUGCUUGAAACAGUGGCUGGAUGGCAGCUUGACAUCGUGCAUCUGCUUAUGACCAGCCGGAAAGAGCGGGAUAUCGAGAGGUCCUUGGAGAGUUACGUCAAGGAAGAGGACACUGUCUGUCUUCAGAGGGACGUAGUGGACAAGGAUGUACUACAAUAUGUUCAACAAAGGCUGUCUGACGAUAAGGGGUUGGCAAAAUGGAACAAGGAUGCUGCUAUCAGGCAAGAGAUCGAGACAGCAUUGAUGCGCGGAGCUCGCGGAAUGUUCCGAUGGGCUGUGUGUCAGCUUGACACGUUGGUAAACUGUCGCAAUCGAGCAAUGCUGCGCAAGUCACUCGCCACUUUGCCGCAAACGCUAGACCAAACAUACGAUCGCAUUCUCUCUGCCAUAAGCAGAGAAGACUGCGAGUACGCGAUGCGCAUCCUGCAGUGGCUGACAUUCUCUGCGCGGCCACUAUCCGUCGAAGAGAUUGCCGAAGUCAUCGCCAUUGAUGUUGCGCGCAAACCAGCGUUUGACCGCAACGAAGUGUUAGAAGACCCGCUCGAAGCCCUGAACAUCUGCUCCAGUCUAGUCACUAUCACAACGAACAAGGUGGAGGGAAUACCCGGGCGUGCCCAACGGAUCAUCGCUCUAGCACACUAUUCUGUCCAAGAGUAUCUUGUCUCAAACAGGAUCAAGCAAGGACAGGCAAAGCAGUACAGCAUGCAAGACGUCGAAUGCCACAACGCGACAACGACAGGUUCUUUGAAGUACCUGACCCAGUUCCAGCAACCAUUGUCGAGAGAAAUUCUUGAGGCAUCCGCACUCGCAAGACACGCAGCAGAGUUCUGGAGCAGCCAUCUUCGAAAGACAGGUAACGAGAUGGAGAAGUGA